CCCUCAGCUGUGGGGUACCAGCCUACUCUAGCAACUGAUAUGGGUACCAUGCAAGAGAGAAUCACAACAACUCGGAAGGGAUCUAUCACAUCUGCGCAGGCGAUUUACAUACCAGCUGAUGACUUAACUGAUCCAGCCCCUGCGACUACAUUUGCCCACUUCGCUGCCACCACUGUGUUGUCUCGUGCCAUUGCUAAAUUGGGCAUUUACCCAGCUGUGGAUUCUCUAGAUUCCACCUCUCGUAUCAUGGAUCCCAAUAUCAUGGGGCAGGAGCAUUAUGAUGUGGCCCGUGGGGUGCAAAAGAUUUUACAGAACAACAAGUCCCUCUAGGACAUCAUUGCUAUUUUGGGUAUGGAUGAGUUGUCUGAAGAGGAUAAGCUUACUGUGGCUCGUGCCUGUAAAAUUCAGAGGUUUCUGUCCCAGCCCUUCCAGGUUGCUGAAGUUUUCACUGGCCAUGCAGGCAAGCUGGUACCCCUAAAGGAAGCCAUCAAGGGCUUCCAAGCAAUCCUGGCAGGACAGUAUGACCACUUCCCUGAGCAGGCUUUCUACUUGGUGGGGCCUAUUGAGGAAGCUGUGGCAAAGGCUGAGAAGCUGGCUGAAGUGCGCUAAUGAGUCUGUGGCUGA